AACUAACGUACGAAUAACAUUAUUGUACACCACUAAAACAAGAGUGAAAUUUGUGAAUGGAAAGGCACGUUUUGGGGGAAGGAAAAACCAAGCAAAAGCCUACCAUGAUCACGCGUACAUCCACUGGGGAGCUGUAUCUCUUGCUCUUUUUCUGAGUGUGUGUGUGUGUGAUAAAUGUAUUAUGCGACUGAGGUGUACCAUGGAGACGCACCUUUGCUUCAGGUGCUUUAGUACGGUGAAAUACCUCUAACGAAAGUGAUAACAGCAAAGCAUGAGAUAACAGCAAAAUGAGAUGAGAUAAACAGUUCGCAAUGUGCGCUACACAUGCAAAGGCAGGAAAAUCGAUCAUUUCGCCAUAUUGUGUGCGCGUGUGUGUACACCACCAAUGUUUCACAGUUAAUUCCGGCAGCGAUCGUGACCUGAAACGUGUGCGAUACGUGUGAGAUGACGAGUGCGAAUGUGCGGUACAGUGUGCGAGUGCAAUACCUGCUAGAAAUUGGAUCCGAGGGAGUGCUUUUGCGCUUUUGUUUGCGUCUGACGUAACGUGUACGGAUAGAUGAGACGGUGACGUACCCGCGUCUGAAGGUGCCUUUAUUAGUCGGAUUCCUAAUUGACGGUUCGUCUCGACGUCUGUUCCAAAACCCGAACCCAGCGAACAGGUGACUCUAGGGACGAAAUCUAUUAAAAAAAAAACAAACAAAACAAACGACGCAUAAAAGGGAAAGAAACGACAGUGAGUGUGCGUGUGUGUGUGCGAUUACGUGAGAAGUAGAAAACGUGCCAACCUUCGGCCAACGUCGAUGAGUCCCGAUGACGCUGUCUCGGGAGCAUCAUGCAUCGCUCCUGCUGGUGAUCGUCGUGGUCGCGUGUGUUGCUGUCAACGUUACUGACGGCCAGUACUAUACGACGCGUGAUCCACGAUGGUACUCGCGGGAAGGUGACUUCAACUACAAAAUACCAAACCCGGGCGAUCCAGACUAUCGAACUUACACAUUCAACAACCGUCGGUACGGUUAUUACCAACCGAAUGGCUAUGGUCAACAGUACCCAGGACAGAGUCUUCCCGGGCAGUAUCCCACCAACACGGGGCUAGGCGAUGAUCGUUUCAAGUAUGAUCCGACCAACCCAACACUCGCCCAAACACCUUUUCCCGGUGUGCUCGGUGGUUGGCGGGAAGAUCUCCAGGGUAAGUUGCGCCGAGAUUCGAUGCAACUCGAGCGUGACGUGUUUGUGACGACCAACUACGGACAGGUGCAGGGAUUCAUCGUCUACCUGUACGAUAAUCCGGACCCAAAGAAUCUGUACCGUCCCUGGCACAGCAAUGUCGAUCGUAUCAUGGGCAAGUGCUCCACGUUCCUGGGUAUUCCGUACGCGCUACCACCGACAUUCGAGGGACGUUUUAAACCACCACGACAACAUCGGGGCUGGCAGUUGGUGCAGGCCGUCGACUAUGGUCCUGCCUGUCCACAGCCGGUACAGUAUACGGGCGCUACCAAAGGCAUCCGUGAUAUGGACGAGGAUUGUCUGUAUCUGAACAUCUUCUCACCUAAUACACAAGCAGGCGUGGCACAACGGUUCCCCGUCAUGAUCUACAUCCAUGGUGGAGAAUUUAUUCGUGGAGCUUCCAACACCUUCCCGGGACAUAUGCUAGCCGCGUUCUACGAUGUUGUUGUCGUCACGUUCAACUAUCGACUGGGAGCGCUCGGGUUCCUGUCAACUGGAGAUGAAAACUCCCCCGGUAACUACGGCAUCCUCGAUCAGAUCAUGGCCGUCCGGUGGGUGUACGAAAAUAUCGAAUCGUUUAACGGUGAUCGUAACUCGAUCACACUGUUCGGUCCCGGUGCAGGCGGUGCUUCCGCCGGUCUGCUAAUGGUAGCACCGCAAACGAAAGACAUCGUAACGCGUGUAAUCGGACAGUCUGGAUCUGCGCUGGCCGAUUGGGCGUUGAUCGUGGACAAGUGGCGAGCACAGAAUACAAGCCGAGUCUUUGCACAGAACGUCGGUUGCUCGAUCGAAACGUCCUGGAAGAUGGUGAACUGCAUGCGCAAUGGACGCAGUUCGUACGAGCUGGGAAAUGCCGAGUUCCCUCCACACGUUGGUCUGUUUCCGUGGGGCCCGGUGCUCGAGAAUAACUUCACCUUCCCGGGCGAUAGUUGGUACGAAGGAUGGAAUGAGCGUGAUUGGCACUUUUUAGCGGAAACACCGGAAAGUUUGAUCCGUCGGCGACACUUUAACCGUGGGCUACAUUACAUGAGCGGCGUAACACUGCAGGAGGCAGCAUUCGUGAUUACGGGCAAUAAAUCGUUGGCCCCUUACUUUGAAGUGGAUGAGCAAUUCUUCGACCAGAAGGUGCGCGAACUGGUACUACGCUAUAACUACACGCUUAAUCUGAACGGGACGUAUGAGGCGAUCAAGUACAUGUACACGCACUGGCCAGAUCCGAAGAACACUACCUUUAUACGGGAGCAGUACAUCAAUCUCCUGUCAGACUUCCUGUAUCGGGCACCGACAGAUAAGCUGAUCAAGUUGCUAGUCGAACAGAAUGUACCCGUGUACAGUUACGUGACGAACACCACCAUCGAGGGUCUGAAGCUUGCGGAAUGGUGUAAGGUGCCGCACGACAUCGAACACUACCUUCUCGCCGGUGCUCCGUUCAUGGAUAUCGAGUUUUUCCCGAAGCGCGAACGCUUCGAUCGACUGAUGUGGACGGACAAUGAUCGUAACAUGAGUCACUUCUUCAUGAAGACCUACUCUGACUUUGCGCGGUUCGGUAACCCGACACCGACGCAGGUGCUUGGCCUUUACUUUGAGAAGGCACGCAACGGAGAGUUGCGAUAUCUUAAUCUGAACACGACGUACAACUCGACGAUUAUGAUGAACUUCCGACAGACGGAGAGUGCUUUCUGGAUGGAGUAUCUACCGACGGUCGUUGGCGUACUGAUACCCACCUAUCCACCGACAACAGAGUUCUGGUGGGAACCAAAGGAACCCCUACAGAUCGCGUUCUGGAGUUUAGCUGCUGCUUGUCUCAUACUGUUGGUACUAGUCGUGAUGUGCUGUAUGAUGUGGCGCAGUGCAAAAAGAGAAUCUGAUCGCCUCUACGACGAAGCCGUCUUUGGGAUGGACAAUCCCGAAUCCGAGCGAGACACGGUGAUGGAGAACAACAUGCUACAGGCACAGCCACUCCGUGGUCCGUCAGGUAAUAUCUACGAGUAUCGUGACUCUCCGUCCAAGUACAGCAAGAUGCCACCGGACGGUGGUUCCAUCCGGUCGCCCAGCAGUCUCGGCAUGACGCAGGUCACCGGGAAGAGUGGUCUUACCGGCAGCCAAAGUUCGCUACGCAGUGCCAUUUCGAUGAAGGAAUCAACCUCCAUCUCACCACCACCGUCGAAGGAGUCCAACUUUGACCGGAACAUCAAGUACGCCGGUGGAACGGCGGACGUGCAAACGGAAUCGAUCCAGCGCAACGGAAAGUUCCCGAGAUCCGAUUCGAAGAAUCUGCUGGCGACCGAUGCCCGAUCGCAGCGCGAUCUUGGCGGUGCUACAUCGCCGAUGAGCGAAACGUCCAUUACGGCGGGCAGUGUAUUGGGUCGCUCGCAGCAAAUAACUCCCGUUCCAUCGAGCCGCGGUGGUGGAAUGAAGAGUAACAAUGCCAGCCGAACUAACCUGAUCGAAGGCAUUCCCCAGACAGCGGUUUAGUAAGAUAGUUUCGAUUAAGUUAGUUUUAUUUUAUUGUUUUUUUGUUCGUUUUUUUCAUUUUCGCUUCCACUCUUACACGCACAUGCACUUUUUGUUGUAUGAAGUAGUAAGGGGAAGUAUUAUCGUACCACUAUACCCCAUCACAUUUUAGUGUCGAAAUUGCAAGUUGUCGAGUGCUUCGGUGUUCUUCAGGAAGUUGCGAAUUUCAACCGCCCUGUAAGGCGUUACCGGCACCUCCACAACGGCAAUGAAAUAGUUUUAGCGUUCGGCAAUCGUACUAUAGCUUUGUAAGUCCAGUUAGAACAAGCUAGAGGGUAAGUUUUAAACCUAACCUAAGUGUGGGAUGUUUAGAUCUACAAUAGAUUGUCCCAACAUCCCAGAGCGUUUUACGUAAGCGACUGGCACAAAGUGCCUUUGAGAGCAAAUCGGAAAGAUGUAAGCGAAUGUGUCGUCCUUCGUCGUUCAUAGUCGAAUGUCACAGACGCACAAAAAACGGACACAUCGCACUUUUAUGCGUCGCAUAAACCGCUGUGUUCUACGCCUUAUCCGUUGCGAUUCUUGUUAGCUAGCGUUUAAGUUUGGUGAGUUAGAGUUUAGCGGUGUGUUUCACGUGUUACGUGUUUUCAUUUGUACAUAAUCGAAUGCAUCUCGUGUUAUCGUGUCAGUGUAUCCGUCCAAUUGCGUGUUUAGUUUCAUCACCGUGACCAACGUUCAUUUCAUCCAUGUGUAGUGUUGUGUUUGUCCCGCGUGUUUCAAGCUAAGCUCUAGUUUUAAUUUAACCUUUAGCUUAGUUUUAUACGUUUGCCUAUUGCUAGGCGGUUUUUAGUUGCUAUUUCUGUGCGCUUAUUUCUUCAUCUUCCUUGAUCUUCUUGAUCCGUGGCAGAUCGUUGCAGUAGCAUUUAUCAGUAUACUUGUAUUUUUUUUUUUGGGCCAAACUGUGCAAAUAUUACCGUAUUUCGGGUCCACUCGGAGUGUGCAACGGGUGUGAUAAGCUUUUUUUUUAUCCGUCCCUACUAACUCCUGAGUGGUUCCCUCUACUUACAAACUUUAUUAAGAUUAGUUCUACUCGUUCUUUAAUAUGUACUACCCCUUACGCUUAAUAUUCAACCCUACUUUUACUAUGCUGUUGUUUGUUAUUUUUCUUAUAUUUUGCAACUACUUUUGCAUCGUUUAAUGUAACCCAUUUUAUCACGAGCUAGCCGUAAGUGUCCUUAGGUAAGAAGCGUAAGAAGUGUUUUCUUCCCAAAAAAAAAAAGUUCAAAAACAAAACCAGCGAAUGUUAAUGUACAUAUAGUUUCGUUUCGCUUCAUACUUACCAUUUAAGUAUUACGUGAUUGACACAAAGUAGCUAGUAAUCCCGAGCGCGAGCUUAGUGUAUUUGUUUCUACGGUUGUAAAAUCCAUUUGUUCGUAGUACUGCGUCUAGGUUUCGUUGUCAUUUUGGGAGCUGUGGACAGACUAAAUAAAACAAAAAAAGAUUGAAUAAAGAAUACAUUUUAUUUUAAAACACAAAACAAUUUUAA